AUGAAUAAGCAAGAAAAUCAUGUUCCGGUGAAAACAGAACAAGUAGUCUUGAAAGAGGAAUAUUGUGUUCGUGCAUGGAAUAAAAAAACUCAAGAAAUUGUUAUUCCGGGCUUGAUAGAUGUCGUCUUUUCUUGGUCUUUCGCUCAUGUCCUCAACAAAAAUCUCUUCAAAGAUGAGGUUAAACAAAUUCCAGAGACAUUCUUGUCAACUGAUCAUUACUUCAAGUCAUUCAUAAGUCCGCUUAUAGAAGAAACACAUGCUGAUUUGCUCUCAGGGGUGACAAAUGCUUUUCAAUCCCCUGCACUUGAGGUUAUCAAUGUCAGAAAGUCAGCUGAUUAUAAGCCUCCAAAGGGUUUAUACUACAACGUUUUGUUGAACACAACUACUAUCGAGGGACAAAGAUUUAUGAAAACAUAUGAACCGGCGGUAGGUGAUCUGAUUUCACUAUCAGAUGUAAGGCCGAAAACUACUGCAGACUUUAACAGACCAAAGAGAUCAUUUCUCAUUGCAUUUGUCCAAAGCAAAGAUGAAGGUUUAAACAGGAUAACCAUCUUGUCUUCUAAGCCUAUCCCGUUUACAAAACCAGAUAGAGAAAAGCAUGAACAAGGAGAUAGUCUUUUCAUCGUUUACCUUUCUAAUUUGACGACCAAUAUUAGAAUAUGGAAUGCUUUGAAUUCUGACAUGAAUAGUGAAAACAUCAACAUUGUUAGCACUGUGCUAAACGUUGAUCCAAGUAUGGAUGAAGAGAAAUGCUCGCAUUGCUCAUUAAGUGAAACACAAACUAGUGCCAUAUUAAAUCAUAGGACAACCAUUGACUCUUUUGGGCUAGAUAAUGCGCAACGAGAGGCUAUUAUAAGUUGUAUUGCUACAAGAGAAUGUGGUCACCAGAGUGCUGUUAAGCUUAUUUGGGGUCCUCCUGGAACUGGCAAAACAAAAACAGUUUCUUCCUUACUUUACGUCUUGUUUAACACGAAAUGCAGAACUCUUACUUGUGCUUCCACAAACAUUGCUGUGUUGGGAAUUACAAAGAGGGUGAUGCAUCUAGUGCAGGAUGGUCUGAAAUAUGACACCUAUGGUUUAGGUGACAUAAUUUUAUUUGGGAAUCGGAAAAGAAUGGGGAUUGAUGAUCAUGAAGAUCUGUUUGAUGUAUUUCUUGAUAACCGAAUUGCUGCUCUUACGAGCUGUCUGUCUCCUGAUCAUGGGUGGAAAAGUUGUAUACUCUCCAUGAAAUCUUUGCUUGAAGAUCCUAAAGAGCAAUACCGUGAAUACCUGCGAAAAGAAAAACUAAUGAAGGGAGAUAGCAUUAAUGAUGUUGCAGAGGAAGAGAAAGGAAGGAGUACAAGUAUAGACAAUCAAGGACUAGAUAAAAAUAAGAAGAGUAAGUUGCAGAAAACAUUCGGCAAUCAGGAUUUAAAAGAUAAUGAGAAGAAGAUAUCAAAUGAUGAUAAAAGUUCUCAAAUGAUGAAUAACUUGAGAUCAGUUGACAAAAUUGAGAAUGAAGGAGAGGUAGAAAACAAAAAACAAGCCCGUAGUUUUACAUUUGAGGAGUUUGUGACAAGCAAAUUCAAAAGGAUCUUGGAGCAGUUGACAGUUUGUCUAAAGAGCUUGUACACGUAUCUGCCUACUUCUUUCAUUCCACUAGAAGUAGCUGAAGAUAUGAUCAGAGUUCUUGAGAUGCUUCAAACUCUUGGAACACUGUUCCGUAAUGGGAGAUAUUUUGCGAAUACAUUUGAAUGCAUCGAAGUAUUGAAAUCUCUUACCGAGAGAAUCUCUCUUCCAGAUAUCACUGAUAUUCAAAGUUUUUGUCUGAAGGGUGCAUGUCUGAUUUUCUGCACAGUCUCGUGCUCAUCAAAAUUAUACACGGUAGGAAUGAACCCUCUGGAGAUGUUGGUAAUUGAUGAAGCAGCUCAGCUGAAGGAAUGUGAAACCGCUAUUCCCCUGCAGCUUCCAGGUCUUCGUCAGGCCAUACUCGUAGGGGAUGAGAAACAAUUGCCUGCAAUGGUUCACAGCAAGAUCUGCGAGAAGGCUGACUUUGGAAGGAGCUUAUUUGAAAGGCUGGUAAAUGUAGGACACAAGAAGCACCUUCUUAAUGUUCAAUAUAGAAUGCACCCUGCAAUAAGUUUGUUCCCAAAUAGAGAGUUCUAUGAAAAUAAAAUUACGGAUGGUUGGAAUGUAAAAGAAGCAAUGUAUGAGAAGAGAUUUCUUAAAGGAAAUAUCUUUGGCUCCUAUUCUUUUAUUAACAUAAGCAAUGGAAAUGAGCAGUAUGAUAACAAACACAGUACUAGAAAUAUGUCAGAAGUUUAUGUCAUAGCCGAGAUCGUUGCCAAUCUUUAUAAAGAGUCUGUUACUUCAAGGAGAAAGGUUUCCGUCGGCUGUAUAUCUCCUUACAAAGCUCAAGUUUUUGAGAUUCAACAAAAACUUGGGCAUAAAUAUGGCACAGAUGUCAACAGCCACUUCUCAGUGAAUGUACGCUCCGUUGAUGGUUUCCAAGGAGACGAAGAAGAUGUGAUAAUUAUAUCCACGGUUCGUUGUAAUGGGAGUGGACUAGUGGGAUUCCUUUCUAGUUGUCAGAGAGCAAAUGUAGCACUGACUCGAGCAAGAUUCUGCCUUUGGGUAUUAGGGAAUGCCACAACUUUGGUUAACAGUGGUUCCAUUUGGAAGCAAUUAGUCAUUGAGUCCAAGGCUCGGGGUUGUUUCUUUGAUGUUAAUGAAGACAAAAGUUUGGCUCAAGCGAUUUUGAGUGCUACCAUUGAGGUUGGCCAGAUUGAAACACUACUCACCAUGAACUCCUCUCUGUUCAAGACAUCCAAGUGGAAGGUUCUCUUUAGUGAGGAUUUCUCAAAAUCCAUUGCCAGAAUUAAAGAUGUUGCGAUGCGUAAAGAAGUGAUCUCCCUUUUGGAAAAGCUUUCAAGUGGUUGGCGCAAGCUAGGAAACUACAGCUUAUUCAGCAACAGUGGCAGGAAUUCAUCUGAACUAUUGAAGAUAUACAGUGUCAAGCACCUAAAAUUAAUUUGGAGUGUAGAUAUUUUGCUAGAGAACUUGGCAUACUUUCAAGUGUUAAAAUUCUGGGACAUCCUACCAGGACAUCAGAUAUCAAGAUUGGCAAAGGUCCUUGACGUCCGUUUUGAUACUUAUACCAUUCAUAAGAUGAAUCGCUGCAAACACAAGCUUGUGGAGUGAAAUUUAACACUACCAAUGACUUGGCCAAUUGAUGGAAAUGAUGAUUCAAGAAA